GAAAAGUAAACCAGAAAGGUGAAGACGACCCAACUCGGAAGACUUUUGCAAUCUCUCUCUCAUCCCUUCGAACUCUCUCUCUAUAUUCCCCAAAUUUUGUCGUCGUCGUGGAGUUGCGGAACCCUCCUUCUCCUUCUUCUUCUUCUUCUUCUUCUUCUUUGCGGCGCUUUAAUCGGUUUGUUUCUCUGAUUUUCUUGUCCGAAUAUCGGAUUUCAUGGGAGGGUCGUUGUCGACUGGGAGCUGAACAGAGCAGAGGAGUUGGAUUUCAGGGGUCUGACUUUUCAUAAAGCUCACGAAUUUAGGCGAAGGUCCUCAUUCUUGGUUCGAUUUCAUUCAAUUUGAGCGUUGGUUGGUACUGCUUCGCCCGUGGUCAGUUUUCCGCCAGCCCUUGUUUUUCUGGGUCUUCCAUCUUUUUCCGAGCUAAUAGUUGAUUUUGAUUCUUGGGUUUUGUUAAUUAGCUUUUUUGUUGAUCUGGGUUUGCGUCUGAACUUGUUAAUAGCUGGUAGUUAGUGAUGAAGAAAAAGCAAAAUUGACUGGUAGAUAGAAGGAGAUUCGAGUCGAAACCCUAGAAAAAUGUCCUAGAUUUCCCUUUUUUUGACUACCCAGUAAAAGCCCUAGAUAAACAAAUUCGAUUCCCAUGCCGGUCGACUUAGAUAACUCGUCCGCCAUGAAUGAUUCCACCGCUUCCGGCGAAGCUAGCGUCUCUUCAUCAGGGAAUCAAAUAGUUCUUCCAAACCCACCACCAGAAAAAGAAAAGAAGAAGAGAAAUCUCCCCGGAAUGCCAGAUCCAAAUGCAGAGGUGAUUGCUCUGUCCCCAAAGACUCUAAUGGCGACAAAUCGAUUCAUUUGCGAAAUCUGCAACAAAGGGUUUCAGCGUGACCAGAAUUUGCAGCUCCAUCGGAGGGGACACAACCUUCCAUGGAAGCUCCGGCAGAGAUCAAGCAAAGAGGUUCGCAAAAGAGUCUAUGUAUGUCCCGAGCCGUCUUGUGUUCAUCACGACCCUUCGCGAGCAUUGGGCGACCUCACUGGGAUAAAGAAGCACUUCUGCAGAAAGCACGGCGAGAAGAAGUGGAAAUGCGAGAAGUGCUCGAAGAAAUACGCGGUUCAGUCCGAUUGGAAAGCUCACUUGAAGGUCUGUGGAACCAGAGAGUACAAAUGCGAUUGUGGGACUCCGUUUUCAAGGAGAGAUAGCUUUAUCACGCACAGAGCCUUCUGUGAUGCGUUAGCAGAGGAGAGUGCUAAAGCCAAGACAGUAGUAGUGGCAGCUGCAAGCACAGAUGAGGACCCAAAACUACAGUCUGUUGCUUCAUCGCCGCCGCCACCACCAGCUCUGCCUCCGUCAUCGACUGUGAUGUCCUCUGUUUUACCCAUUCAAAAUCCAGAUACAGAGUUGCCGGAAAAUCCCAAUCCCACCCAGAUCUUAGAUGAUGCACCGGUAACAACUGGCUUAACCGGAAGCUGUAGCAGUACUAGCAGCUCAAGUAGCAAUGGAAGUACAAGCAGUGGUGUAUUUGCUAGUUUGUUUGCAUCUUCAACAGCUUCAGCUAGUUUACAGCCUCCAACUAUCGGAUUUACCGACCUAAUCCGAGCCAUGGCUCGUCCUGAACAUGCACCUGAUCUCACACCAUCUUCAUUCACAGAACCCAUUUCUCUGUGUCUCGCCACCAAUCACGGGUCGUCAAUUUUCGGCACUGCAGGGCAAGAGCGUAGGCAGUAUGCUCCGCCACCCCAGCCAGCACUUUCUGCUACAGCAUUGCUACAGAAAGCUGCUCAGAUGGGAGCAGCUGCGACCAAUGCAUCAUUGCUUCGGGGAUUUGGGAUUGUUUCAUCGACAUCUUCAUCUGGGCAGCAACAGGAGUUGGAUCGGAGGCAAAUUGAGCCGCCAGAGAGUGGAUCUCUGGUAGCAGGGCUUGGACUUGGGCUUCCGUGUGAUGGGGGUUCUGGUCUGAAGGAAUUGAUGAUGGGGACCCCAUCUGUGUUUGGUCCCAAGCAGGCAACCCUUGAUCUUCUUGGGCUGGGGAUGGCUGCCGGUGGUGUCCCAACUAGCGGCUUAUCGGCUCUGAUGACCUCAAUUGGUGGUGGCUUUGAUGUUGCCGCAGCAGCAGCGGCAGCAUCAUAUGGUGGAGGAGAAUUCACCGGAAAAGACAUGGGAAGAAGCUCAUGACAAGGGAUGAGAAAGUUCUCAGAGAAAGGAAAACUGCUUGUAGGUCUUGGGUAGGGUGGUGUACAAUUUACAGGGGCAUAAGGUCUUUUGUUUGGUUUGAUAUUUUGCAGAUUAAAAUUUGGUUAAGAUAUAAUUAAUGUAAUAUAAAUGUCCUUGCGGAGUGGAGGUAAGCAUGAGACCAGAGGCAGUUGGGUCUUCUUUUAUUAUUGUUCUGCUGCCUUAAUUGGCAAAGACAUUUUGUUUAUGUGGUGUAGUAAUAGCUCCAUUAUGUCCACCAAAAAUAUAAAAUAAAAUAGUAUUUAAUGAAAAUGUAACUGUAUGUAGACCCGUGCACAGUGAUGAGAAUAUUCAAAUAUAGGAAUCUUUUGGGUA